UGACAGUUAGUGUACGCUUGUAAACCACCGAAUAACACGACACCAAGAAAAUAUAAAUACGAAAUUUUGCUUAUCAGAAAAUCCCCCAAAUCAAUCCAACUUUCGACAGAACUAUUACGAUGAACACCGACGAUCUGUUAUCAUUCAAAGAGUACUCACCAACAAAAGAUAACUACAGCAACAGCGGACGCGCUGAAAUAAAUAUAAAUUCACCGAACAGGACAAUGAAUCCGUACAGCGAUCAACACCUAGAGGGUUUGAUUGACGACAUGUCGACCAGUGUACGUGUUCUGGAGCGUGAAGAAGAUGUGCGACAAAAUGAUGGAGAUCAGGCCACAAACGAGAAGCAGGUCUACUCCUUCUUCAGCAUCGAGUAUUAUCAACAAUUCUUCAAUGUUGACACAUCCAUGGUAAUAGAGAGAAUUGUUAGUUCAGUGAUACCGAGAAAGGCACCGCCCAGCUAUCUCAAACAACAUAUUGGUCUCAAUCCGGAUCUGUAUGGUCCGUUCUGGAUUGUCGUUACGCUGAUCUUCUCGAUUGCCAUCAGUGGAAACGUUGCCAGCUACAUUCAAUAUGCGAACGACAGUAAUCCGUGGCAUUACAAUUUCCAUUUGGUUUCGAUUGCUGCCACUACCAUCAUAAUGUACGUUUGCAUUGUUCCAUUGAGUUUAUGGGGUGCAUUCAAAUGGUUCGUUCGGCCAACCGAUCCCGAUCUCGAAACUGAGAGUCCAUACACGCCCAGUCUCUUGACGUUGAUCUGUGUGUACGGCUACUCUCUAGCGAUCUACAUUCCAGUUUCAAUUCUUUGGGUCAUUCAAUUAUCGCUAUUGCAAUGGUUACUCGUAAUAACGGCCACCUUUUUGUCCGGUUCCGUAUUGGUACUGGUAUUGACGCCAGCAUUGCGUGUGACCAGAGUCUCGCUUAUAUUGGCCGCCGUCAUUGUCGGAGCUCAUUUCCUAUUAGCCACCGGAUUUAUGUUGUAUUUCUUCCACGUUCCGGAAUCAUUAACUACUGCACCCAUUCCAGUUGUCAUCCCCGCAGCCCCGUAAGAAAAUGGGGUCGUUAUGUACAUAAAUGUAACUGGUCUGUGUUUGAAAUCGAUGGUGAAAUAAAAUUUAUUUAUUAGACAAUUAA